AUGUUGUCACCGACAGCAACGGAAGCCCCUCCACCAAAUCCAAGGAAGAGAGGUCGGACAGCUUGUACAAGGUGUAAAACUCGGAAACAAAAGUGCGACGAUCAAUGGCCUAUAUGUUCGAAUUGUAGGAAAUCAGGAACAGUCUGCGAUAAGACAGCUGUCACUGAAGAUGAGCCGCCAGCAGCGUAUACUCGUGCAUUGGAAGAGCGUGUCGCCUUCCUAGAAACAGCACUCAAUGAGAUGGGCAAUGGCGAGACGGUCGACGAACAACCGUCGGCAAAACGACCGGCAUUAAGUGCCCAGCAUGAUGCACUAGGCGAAGUCGUUGAGUUGUUGUCAAUGGGCAAUUUUGAAGCUCCAGCAUACAUUGGGUCUUCUUCUGGCCUCAAUCUCGCUCUCAAUCUUGGAGAGAUGGUGCAAGCGACAGUCUGGAAUAAAGCACUCCCACCCUAUAGAGGUAGUCCGGUGAGCCGAAGGGAAAGCAUAGCAAGCGACAGACUAGGGACGUCUGCUGGGUCUCAUGCUAUAACCAUGCAAGAGUUAGUAGCGCAUAGUGCAGAGCCGCCCAAUGAUGCUCUUGGCCACAGUAUUCUGGCUGCAUAUUUUGGCCAAAUUCACCCACGAUACCCAUUCGUCGACCCGGUGGAAGUCUGGACAUUACAUAAAAGCAGAAUGACUUUAGCAUCCACGCCAGUACCGAAUCUGACGAAAGCCCAGCGGUUUGGUGUCUUCAAGCUCUACAUGAUAUAUGCUAUAGGAGCUAUGUUGUUACAACUAACGGAAAAAGCCACCACGUCGCCUCCUGAGAGUUAUUAUAUGACAGCCUUGCAGCACAUAUUUGCAGCUAGAGAGUCCAGAACUACGCAAAAUAUCGAGGCAAUGACUCUGCUUGUAAUUUACCAUCUACGAAGUCUUUCGAGUUUCGGUAUAUGGUAUAUGAUUGGUCUCGCGAUGAGGACUAGUAUUGACCUAGGUCUACAUAGAAAGCAGUCUGAGACGCACUUUGACCAUACAACUGUACAGAUGAGACGCCGGCUUUUCUGGAGUGUCUACUCUCUUGAGCGAACCAUCGCCAUAUCUAUGGGUCGGCCAUUCAGCAUCCCAGACCGAGUUAUAGAUGUCGAACUGCCCGAAGACGAGCUAGACGGCAAUUUACCGCCCUCGCCGGGUGGGGCGCCCAUCAAGAAGAACUCCUUGACGAGCGCCAUCCUGCUAGUCAAAUUACGACGCAUAGAAUCUAGAAUCCAGCACUCGAUAUACAGAGCUGAUAAACCAUUGUCGUCUCUAACAUUUAAGAUGGAUCGUUUCUACCAGAACCUGGAAGCAUGGAAGCUUGAGCUAGAGACUAGUCUUUCGGGAGCGGAACUGAACUAUCCCAUCUUACACUACCAUAGGGCGCUCCGCUUGCUCGUUCAACCAUUCCUAGCACUACUGCCACCAACAGAUCCGUAUUACACCCUUUGCAUGCGUGCAUCAGGCGACGUAUGCCAAGCCCAUAAGAAGCUGCACCAGACGUUAGACUACGGACACUCAUUUAUCGCAGUCCAAACAGUUUUCGUGUCGGGUAUCACUCUGCUCUAUGGACUCUGGACACAACUUCACGCGGUAUGGUCGGUGUCAUUAGCGAACGAUAUCCGCGCUUGCUCCUUGGUGUUAUUUGUGAUGGGGGAAAGGGCCUCGUGGGUGAGAAAGUACAGAGAUGCAUUUGAGCUACUGGUCAACGCUACAAUGGAGAAGCUCCAGAAUGGCGAUGGCCGGCUUGCCGAGACGGCAGCUGCUCAGGUGCAUGCAAGUACGAAUAAAGUGCGGACGCCGGCUGAUGAUGGCACGAAGCCUUCUCCAGGAGGUGAUGAGGAGGCGUGGCGCGUGGUCGCGGAGUUGGCCAAUUGGAUAGAUCAGGAAGAAGGUUCUCCGGUAUGGAUGCCCGAUUUUGGGACUCUGCAAAGUCUGGGACAACUAUAA